AUGUUAGAUCUUCAACUCAGUCUCUCAUCCCCAGCCCUACUUGCUGCCUUGCUCGCGCUUAUUGCCAGCUACCUCCUUUUCUCUCGAUCAAAGCUCAGCAGCGCCCCAUCUCCCUCAUCUUCCCCCUCUGACGCAGUCCCGCUGAUCCCUCUGGUCGCCGACCUACCCUCCGCCGGCAAUUUCCGAGAUGACUUCCUCCUCCGACGUCGCAUCUACGGUUCAGUCCAUCGGGUCACCGAACCCAACGGAAUGAUCAACACCUACAUCGGCGACCCUCUUGCCAUCAAGGACAUCAUUGAACAGCCCGAUAUUUUCGAACUGGGUCCUCUCCAUUCCGGUGCUGCACCCAUGUGGCGUAUCUCCCCCACUGCCGGUCAGUGGUUCGCUCAAGUAGGUGGACAAGCUACCGUCCGUCAUUCCUCCCAUCUCUUUUCCGGAUCCCGACUGGCAGCUUUACAGAAGCGAUUUGUGGAAGCGACCAGGAGGCAGUUUGAUCGAUUGAAAGCGGGGAGGAAAGAGGAUCUCUUCGCAACAGUGAGCGAAUUGUUUUUUGAAGCAACUAUGGAAGCUUUGUUUACGGAUAGAUGGCCCAAAGGUGAAUAUAAGGAGUACGAGAGAUGGGAUGCCGAAUUGACACCCUUUUGCAUGGGAAUGGCGAGUGAGAGAGCGAUAGAGGCGAGAGAUAGGUUUUGGAGAUUGACUAAGGAACAAGUGGAUGAAUGGCUAAGUGACUGUUCCUUGCAGGCCAGGGAACAGCUGUUGGAGUUGGAGAACAAGUAUUCGCUUCCGCAUGAUGAUGCAGUGGCCAUCGUGCUCCGUACUGCAUGGCUGGGGUCGACACAAUCGCCACUCUCUGCAGGCUGGUUGCUGUGUUUGCUCUCCCAUCGACCUGAUGCGAUCGACAAGAUCCGAACCGAACUCUCGCAGCUCCAACAGAAGCUAGCAAUCAACACGGACGAUAUUGCUUCCAAUCCUGACCUUCUCAAAGGCGAGAACCUGCCCACGCUCGAUAACUUUGUCAACGAGCUCCUCCGCGUCUUCUCCGCCCAAAGUGUUCCUCGAUUCUGUCACAAAGAUACCACCAUCCGCGCUCUCGGGCCCAACAACACCGUCCUCCAUUACCAAGUCAAGCAGGGCGACAUCCUUCAACUUCUCUACUGGAACGUACACGAUGCUUCCUUCAACCCCCAGUUCUGGCCUGGAGGAGAGCAGGGAGAGACGUACCAAGAGACCCUCCAACCUUUCGACGAAACUCGGUUUGACGACGCAGACCGCAAACUACCCGUGUUUAGGAUCAAAGAGAACAACGAGACGGUCAAGACAUGGACGCCUUUCGGGUACGGUGUUAGGGUGUGUCCAGGGAGAUAUUGGGCUGUGGCGGAAAUCAAGGCCUUCGUCUUGAUGUUUUUGCAAAGGUUUGAUGUGCGUGAGAUGGGCAAGCUUCCAAGGCCGGAUGCUGGGAGAUGGUUGGGUGUCUUACAUCCCAAAGAUGGGAUGGCUGCUACACUGAGCGCUCGCUCAUAG